AUGAAUUCGAUGAAGGAUCAAAAGACAAAAGCUUUAGAAUCUCUGGAAACUGGAAGAUGUGAUCGGCGGCAGCUUCUUCACCGGAUCCGAGAGACAAGAUCGGAAAGAGAAAACGCAGAAACAGAGACAAGCAUAGCUGUCUCUAAACAGAUUCUUCGAUGCUUGUCGUCUCCGGGGAAGAAGAACGAAUUCGCCAGUGACUAUCUUAACAUGAUUCCGUCGGUCACCGGCGUUAUCGCCGUCGUCUAG